AUGACUGGAGCUAUAGGUUGCUUCGUUUGGCUUCACAGCUUACCUGGUGACAAUAUUCUUUUCCUUCUACCAGAAGUAUCAAGCAAUAUUAGUCUAAGUGCUUUCAUAAACUUUUGGACCUUUGUUAUUAUUCUUCAGGCUGUGAUUCCUCUGCCCCUAUACGUGACAAUUGAAGGUGUCAGAUUGGUGCAAAAUGUCUUCAUAAGCAAUGACAUUGAACUCUACGAUCCGGUGAGGAAGAAACAGAUUGAGGUUCAUGCUUUCAAUAUUCCGGAGGAUCUGGGUCAAAUUGAGUACGUGUUUUGUGAUAAGACGGGAACUCUCACCAAAAAUAAGAUGGUCUUCAAGCGGGCAGUUAUCAAUGGCAUUGAUUACUGUGCUGACGAAGAUAUCCCGGAGGAAAUGUUAAAUGUAAAUUCCGACAAUGAAACUGUGGUAACGAGUGCACGACUCUCAACUGUUAGAGAAUUCAUCCCUUUCGUUCCAACACCUGAGUUCAAUUCAACCCAACAGGGUUGCUUCGGUCUGCCAACAAGUCAUUCCAGCCCAAGUUUGGAUGGGUUGAAGCCUCUGUCUGAAGAGGAACUUCGAAAUUGUCAACGAGUGCAGGAUUUCUUCCUCUGCCUCACCAUCUGCAAUAGCUGCGUUGUCUCGGCCAAUAAGAAUGUUACUGAUCCGGUAGGGCUAAAUCCCCUUCUGUUAUAA